AUGCAGGCCACAGCUAACCUCGUUCAAUCUAAACUUGGUGAAUAUCCCACAGUAACUCAGUCGGGUUACAAAAACCGGGAAGAUGGGGCCACUAUGAAGGCACUCGCUUGGUUUGGCCCAGAGGAUGUGCGGGUCAUCGACGCCCCUAUCCCUGAAGUCACUGAAGCAGACGAUGUUAUCGUGAAAGUAACGGGAACUACCAUCUGCGGCUCAGACCUCCACCUAUAUCACGGAGAGAUCUUAGCCCUCCAAAAGGGAGACAUACUUGGUCAUGAGUUCAUGGGAGUUGUAGAUCGCAUUGGCCCAAAUGUCAAGAAUCUUAAGAUAGGCCAACGAGUAGUAGCCUCGUUCCAGAUUUCUUGCGGGAAGUGCAGUUAUUGUCAAAAGAAGCUGUCCUCGUUCUGUGACAAUACCAAUCAUUCAUCGCUCCAGAACUACAUGUAUGGGACCCGUGAUGCAGGAUUCUUCGGGUACUCUCAUUUCACUGGUGGCUUCCCCGGAGGACAAUCAGAAUACGUUCGGGUGCCUAUUGGCGAGGUGAACUUGCUGCCCAUUCCUGAUGGUAUUUCAGACGAGAAGGUUAUCUACCUUUCCGAUGUGCUCCCAACAAGCUACCAUAGUGUUGUUGAUACCGGUGUCGAAGACGGAGAUACUGUGGGUAUUUGGGGCCUCGGUCCAAUUGGACAAUGUGCAGCUCGCUGGGCGAAAUUGAAAGGUGCAAAACGUGUGAUUGGCAUUGACCAAGUUCCAGAGCGUCUCGCGCUGGCGGAAGCUCACGGUAUUGAGGUCGUCGACUUCAGUAAGGAGAAAGAUGUUCCGAAGAAGAUACACGAAAUGGUUCCAGGUGGAUUGGAUGUGGCACUCGACUGCGGAACAUUUCAUGAACCUAAGACACUUCUCCACCGUGGCAUGAAAACAUUGAUGCUCGAGACCGAUGUGCCCGAAGUCGUCAAUGAGAUGAUAGUCUCAGUCCGUAAAAUGGGCCGCUGCGGGCUCAUUGCCGCCUAUGCUGGCUUCACCAAUGGGUUCAACAUUGGAGCGCUAAUGGAGAAGGGUGUCAGACUCAUUGGUAAUGGUCAAGCCCCUGUUCGCAAAUACUGGGAAGAAAUCUUGAAUGAGUAUAUCAUACCUGGGAAAUUUGACCCAACUUUCAUGAUCACUCACCGAGUGCCUAUUGAAGAUAUGGACAAGCUGUAUGCCGCAUUUGACCAACGUCUAGGUGGAGUUGAGAAGGUAUUCGUCGAGACCUCAGCUUCGAACCCUCCGGGUCCUGGCUGCCCUCCCACUCGCAGAGUCAAUGAAUGGGCAAACUAGUCGGAUUCUGAAUGUUUCUGAAUGUUGAACCAGUGUGAACAGCGUUAAUCGCUGCUUUGUAGUCGUCUAUAAUUGUGUAUAUUAGAAUAUGUAAGUGAGCC